AUGCCUGUACUGCAGGAGGUGCUCGCCUCACCGCGCAGUUCGAGGCGUGAUUGGAGCGGCGCGGUUGAAGGAAUGGAGGCUGCCGUCAAGUAUGACGCGCAGGCUUACGCGCGGACACGGCAGACUGGUGUUUACCCACCCCAUCACGAUCUGCUCCUGGACUUCGUACGUCGGGCAGCAGACGUUGCGCCGCGUCACCAUGACUCGGCCCAGAUCAUUCGCGAAGCAGUGCGGCCGCUCGUCCUUCAAGAGGCACUGCACGCUAUCACAGACGUGCACUUUAACGCACUGGCUUCCCUCCGCUGGCAACGCGGAGGUGACGCCGUCGCAGUUGGGGACAUUGUUCGAGUUCACGACCUGACCUCUCAGCAGCCCGCUGCAGCUGAUAGCGCACUCGACGUCUUCGUCGGUGCGGCGGACCACAUCAACGGCGCGAUGCUCUCUUCAGCGCAUCAAGAGUGGUCAGCGCUCUCACUUGAGCAACUCCGUGCUGCGCCCACGACGGCUGCCUACCGACGCGUUGCCACCAAAGCAGAGGCUGCCCAGUACCGCCUUACCGAUGUUGUGCUGCCGACGUUUGGCAGGCAUGUGGCCCACCUUCCACUCAUGUCGGAGGAGAAGGGCGAUGCUCUCUUUGCCACUCUCGCUAAAGAGCUUCGGGUGGAAGGCCUAGCCGAAAUGCGCCUCGCACCACGCGCAGCUUUUCGCCCGCUCCUACAGCUGCCCAACAACAUGUCGUUCUACCUGGUGGAUGAGAAACGCGGCUGGGACUGGGAAGAGGACGCUGGAGCGGCGCUUCUCAAGGCGUCGCUCUACCACGAUCAGGAUGGAAUUCUACGCUACCGAUCGCCCAUGUCGCGGCGGACGGGCAAGAACAUGGUGGCACGUCUUGGGAUUCGUGACGACACUGCCCGCAGGUUUUUCCUCAAGCCGGCACAGAAGCUCGGCAUGACGUGUGUAAUGCAGUUCACGCUUCCCGCCGGAAGCCACGCGACAUCGGCGAUUCGAGAGGCAUUUAUGAUGGCCACUCUCUCCCCCUCCGCCAUCUUCCGCCUGCUGACCGCCAGGUGGUCGUGA